AUGGAGGUCUGGAAUUCCACUUUGGGAAGUGGAUUCAUCUUGGAGGGCAUUCUGAAUGACAGCAGGUUCCCUGAACUGCUCUGUGCCACAAUCACAGUGCUGUAUGUGCUGGCCCUGACCAGCAAUGGGCUGCUGCUCCUGCUCAUCACAAUGGAUGUGAAGCUCCACGUGCCCAUGUACCUCCUGCUUAGACAGCUUUCUCUUCUUGACCUUCUCCUCACAUCAGUUAUAGCCCCCAAAGCCAUCAUGGAUUUUCUGCGUGGAGAUAACACCAUCUCCUUUGGAGGCUGUGCCCUUCAGAUGUUGCUUGAACUGAUGCUGGGUUCGGCUGAGGAUAUCCUCGUUGCUUUUAUGGCUUAUGACAGGUAUGUGGCCAUUUGUCAUCCUCUAAACUAUACAACUAUCAUGAAUCCAAGAGUCCUUUGGUUCAUGGUGAUGACAACAUGGAUUGUGGCAUCUCUGAGUGCCAUCAUAUAUACCAGUUACACUAUGCACUAUCCCUUCUGCAAAUCCCGGCUGGUAAAACAUCUGUUCUGUGAGAUCCCACCUCUGCUCAAGUUGGCCUGUGCAGACACCUCUAGAUUUGAGCUCAUGGUUUAUUUGAUAGGUGUGAUGUUCCUGAUCGCUCCACUUGCUGCCAUUCUGGUCUCCUACAUGCUAAUCCUGUGCACUGUGCUCCGCAUGCCCUCCAAGGAGGGGAGGAAAAAAGCCCUUCUCACCUGCUCCUCCCACCUGACUGUGGUUACCAUAUACUAUGGCCCAGCCUCGUUUAUAUAUGUCCUUCCCAUUUCCUUCCAUAAUCCCAAACAGGACAACAUCUUCUCCUUUUUCUACACAGUUGUCACCCCAGCCUUGAAUCCCCUCAUCUACAGCCUAAGAAAUAAGGAGGUCAUGGGAGCCUUGAGGAGAGUCCUUGGAAAAUACAUCCUGCCUUCACACUCCAGCACUUAG